GAUGAUUGAAGAGGAAAAUAAACAAGUAUUGGACAGCUCUAGUCCAAUAACCUAUGGUGCUAAUUAUCCUUCAAAAAUGUUUGAAAAUAGGGAAAAAAGAUCAGAUAACAGAGUGGACUAUUGUCGACUAUUUAAACGAAAUUGGAAACCAACUAUUGCUUAUUGCAGUGUAUUUUUAUCGUUUGGAAUAUCUGUUGGCUUUUUAGGUCCUACCCUACUAGAUUUAAGUUGUUUAACCUCAACAACCCAAGAUUUACUUAGUUGGAUAUUUUUCGCCCAGCUCUUCUUUACGCUAAUAGGAGCUUUGAUUUCUGGUGGAUUUUCUCAUAAGAUAAAUUCACACGUUACUCUGACCAUCUCUAUUCUAUGUAUACCAAUCCUUAUGUCCUUGAUCAGCUUUUGUAAAGAAUUAUGGAAAUUGGCUUUAUUGCUGGCCAUUAUGGGUUUAUUCAUGGGAUCUAUAGACACUUUAGCUAAUUGGAAAAUGCUUCAACUUUAUCAAGACUCUGUUGCUCCAUUUUUACAGGCAAUGCAUUGUUCCUAUGGUCUUGGAGCUUUUCUUUGUCCUAUAAUUGCUGAACCAUUCAUUUUAAAUGAAGAUUGCAGUGCAAUAAUUCAAAAUAUGACGAUUAUAAGGAGACAUAGAAAUUUAUCAACUUUUAAUCAUUUAAGAGAAGGCUUGGAUAAGGCUCGAAAUAGGACUGAAGUGAAAUUUGCCUAUUGGAUUUUAGCUUCAAUUCAAUUACCUGUAGUGCUUAUGCUUAUCUACUUAAUUUUAACAGAGAAUAAAGUGGACAAAGCAAAUGAAGAACUAUCGCUGAAAGUUGUGGCUAAUGCGAAUGAAGAAGAAGACCAAGAGGAGAAUUCCCAAGGAAAAGAAGGAACAUUUACACUUGGUCGUUUCAUCGCUAUAUUUUUCGUUGCCAAGUUCACCUCUGCUUAUUUAAUAUCAUCCAGCUUAUUUGGCUGUUGUAUGGCAUUGCUCAUUAUGACAUGCUUUAGACACGAUCAUAUUGUAUUAUACGUUGGAACUGCAAUAUUUGGUUUAUCUCUGAGUAGCUUGACACCCGGAUGCUAUUCCUUAGCAGAAAAAUAUGUUGACUUAUCAUCGUCUACAACAGCAUUUCUUGUAAUAAUGGCAGCACUUGGAGAAAGUAUAUUCCCAGUUAUUCUAGGAAAUUUGUUCCAUAGAUACGGUCCCGUAUCUUUACUAGCCUUUAACUUGGCUAAUGCUAUUAUCGGCUUUUUUGCUUUUCUCUGUCUUUGGUUUCUUGGCAGGUCAUCCCCGAAGACCAGCGGUUAUAAAUGCUUCAACAAAUACGAACAACAUAUAUUCUUAGUGAAAACUUGA